AUGCAAAAAUUUAUACAUGCAAGAGACAAUGUUGAAUAAUUAAAACAAAAAAAUUCUAAUAAAAACAAUCUGAAUUUAUAAGAUAUAGUCUCGAAUACGAACAUAUCAAAAAAGAAUAAUAAGUAACUCUAGUAUAAUAAUUCUUAGGGCGACUUAAUUUACUUUAAGAUAGAGAAUAGUUUUUUAAAUUUGA